AUGUUGGACUGCACUGAAAAACCCGAGAAUCAUUGUGUGUACUUUGAUAAAUUCUUCACUAGUAGAGAUCUUCUGAUUCAUCUGAGAAAUUUGGGUUUUCGAGCAAUUGGGACUGUCAGAGAGAAUCGAGUAGGUGACUGUCCACUACUGAGCAGCAACGAACUGGGGGGGGGGAAGUUCGAGGAAACUAUGACUACCAGUUCGACAGGAAUGGUGAAGUUUGUUCGAUGGCACGACAACAGAUGCGUACAACUGAUACAAAUUUUGACCAAGUUGAACCUUUGGGAGCAGCUACGCGGUACAGUAGACAGGCAAGUAAGAAGACAAGCUGCCGUUUUGAAGUCAUGUAACGUGUACAUGGGAUGUGUUGACCACCAUGACUGGUUAAUUGGAAAAUAUGCGACGAUAAUUAGAGGGAAAAAAAUUGUACUGGGUCCUAUUACACGUUUGCAGGAAAUGGCCCUCGUGAAUGCCUGA